AUGUUGAUCUCGCACCAGCUUGCCCCGUCUGGCCGCAUCUACUCCCCCUGUCCCUCCCUCGGCAUGUCAGCACCCCCUUACCAUGGCUCCCACCGUUCGACCCCAAGCCAUCCCCUCCCCAUGCCACCUCAAUCAGAACACGGUACCCCCAGUGCUUCCCUCCCGGUCCCCAAUCACGCCACCGCCAUGUGCUCGCUGCCCCGCCCGGAUGCCAUCCUGUCCCCUGCCCCUCCCCCGCCCCUUGUGUCCUCAACCGACCUCCCACUUCAAAUACCCCCCAUGGGGCAUCACCUUUCCCCGCACUCUGAAACACCCCCCCUUGUCCUCCCGCUCCACAUCCACACACCAGGGCCAGCGGCCAAGAACCGCAACCUCGACCCUGCUGACCCCGACUAA